AGUCGUACACUUGCAAGUGUUAAACUCGGUAGAUGUGUACUUGCAAGUGUGCAACUCCUCGGUUGCACACUUCCUUAGAUUGGACGCUUACUGUGUAGGAAGUGUUCAACCAAAGAGUUGCACACUUGCAAGUGCACACCUACCGAGUUGCACACUUGCAAGUAUUGAACUUACAGUUGCACACUUAGAAGUGUUGAGCAGUUGAACACUUAGUUUAUCAGUGCUCCAGGCGCCCAGGUGAAGCGCGCCGCUGGAGGCGAGCGCCCCGAGGGGAGCAGACCCGCCGUGCAGCCGAGCCCCGGCGCGGCCUACCCUGCAGCCCAGCCGGUCUGUGUCGGUCUGUGUAGUUAAUCCGUAAGCAUGUAUGUAUGCAUUGAUUGCUUUCGUCUCACUUUUUAGCUAAACUUGGGUGUCUUGAUAUCGUAAACUAGAUGGGUGACAAAUUUUAGCAUGUUUAGGAAUCAACAUGAGGUUGAUGUGGGUGAAUAAGACGUGUUAAUACGAAUUAGCAGACGCGCGAGCUUCGCCCCAUGGAACAUAAAGCCAAAGCGGUCAGAUCGCAGCAAUGAUUGCUGAUAUAUCAGCGUACAAUGUACACUGUUAAGUUUUCCGAGCACCUCACUCUCAUCUGCAGAGAGAACGCUUGCUGUCUGCUGUGGUCUGGGCGGUUCAGCUCCACCGGGUUGGCAGGCAGCCCAAACAACGUGGCUGCCGGAGCGGUUGUGGUGGGCCGCUAGCAAGCGCACCCGCGCGGCGGCAGUGGCGACAGUGAACACGCGUCAUCGCCGUGGCAACCGUCUGCCGGACUUAACCUCACUGUCUGGUCUGCCCGAUACGAACAAAAACUAACACGGGAGAACGCGGACACGCAAAACGCUUUCAAUGUGGGGGCACCUGAAAGUGUUACAUUCAUGUGUGUUCUCAAAAUAUAUGUUUUCUUCGGCACCUCAUUGGUCUUCCCGUUGAAUGUGCAUUAGCCUUCGCAACCAAUGCGUCUACCAUAGCCUUAGCUGGUCGCAUACCGGCGAAGCCAUAAGCUCCUCCCCUCCGCUCCUCCCUCACUACUAACUCAUUUUUUCCGUGUAUUCAAUAUAGCUCAGGGCGAGCCUAUAAAGAAGCCAUAGCAGGAUGUCUCCGCAAACUACUUUACAGAACUGCCACCACCGACGCAAUAGGAAGUAGUUCUUUGAAGGGAAACCUCCGGUACACCUACACCAUGCCAUAAAAAAAUUAUGCGCCCACUUUUAAAUGUUUUUGCAACAGUAACUGCAUCGGGUUUCUUUUCCUUCUGCAUUGCCCGGGGCCCGGGGGGUCACCGAGGGGAACACACCGGUUAAACAAGGCGCAGAAGGAUCACGUGAUUUCACCCUGCGUCGUGAUUGGAUGUUUGCCGUCUUGGCCGAGACGAGACCGGGCAGCGGCGCUGGCAACUACAAUGUCGUCAGCUGUCAGUGCCUCCGCAUCGCCCGGUCAGGGCAGACGCAGCUUCUCUUUUCCGACUCCUAAUGCCGCAUUCGGCCGCAUCGGCGGCGCAUCCAGGCACGGCACGCCAGCCGUUAUUUAAUUGGAUUACAUCGUUGGAUAUCUUGCUUGUAUUUUGUGAAUGAACCCUUAAAAAAUGGCGCUGUCGAUAGAGGGAGACAUAGAGAAUCGAUUUCAGAAGAGCCUCCUGAACGCCCGGCUACAAGUGGCCGCAGCUGAUGGUAAAGUCAAUGAAGUAAACGACCUCGUACAAAAAGGUGCGGAAGUCAAUUUCCGAGACUCGGAUGGAAACUCUUACCUCCACUUUGUGGCUUGGCAGGGCUCUGAGGUCAUGUUCCAGUGUCUCAUUAAUAACGGUGCCAAGAUGAGUAUUGAAAACAACAUGCACGAGACGGCUCUCGACGUGGCGUUCAGUGCUAAAAAAGACGGCAUUGUAAAACUAAUUGCAGCAGAAAUGAUUAAAAAGACUGACGAACUCGGCUUCGAAAACUAUAAGCAACAGAAGAAGAUAAAUGAACUGCAAACUCUAAAAGGGCAGAAGCAGGAAGUCGGGUUGUAUCCUGCUACUCUUAGAAAGGACUACAAUUACAACUACGAAGAUAGAGAGAUUGACACUUUGAUGAAUAUUUUGUGUGUUCCUUUAGAGCAAGACUGUUUAAAAGAAAAAAAUAUAAGAUUCUGCGUCAUAUUUUCCAUAAGUUGCGAUAAGAACCAAACUAAAGAAAUAUUUCUGAUCCAGAGUGAGGAAGAGAAGACUUUCUUUACGACAUCCUGGAGUCAGGUUCAGGUAAAUGAGGGUAAAAUAACAGAGGAAAACUCGGUUAAAAUUUGUUGCAAUAAUAAUGAGCAUGACCCUAUAACCUCUGCGUUAGCGCGAUCAUUUAUUAUAAUGUCUGAAUCACGCAAGAAAACUUACCCAAAUAUUUGGAAUAAAGAAAACAUUCAAAAUUUAAUGAGGUCGCGCAAAGUGACACACGAGGACUGGAGAGUGUUUUUCGCCAACCUUAUUUACGAAUUAGAGAGAACCCACCAAAAAGCGGUGAAAUGGCUAAGUUUCUUGAAGGUUAAAAGUGAAAACGAGUACAGACAAGCAAAUAUUCUGAUAUUUUUUCUUGAGACAUUUGCCGCACAGGAUUCCUAUUUUCAGAUUCCAGUAACGAGGGCUGCACCAGAAAGAUUAACGGAAUUGAGAGAACUUAAGAAAAAUUACUUGCGAAGAAUUAGUCAGAUGCUGCUUUCAGAAGGAAAUCAGAUUGAUGUCGUGUCAAUUUCCUCGACAAUGCGGACGAAUAUUCUGAAAAAGUCACCGUCCUUUCAAGUUCAACCAGAAAGUAUCAUAGUUUCUGUCAAUGACGACCUAGGUUUGGACAUUUCGGAACUUUUUAGUGCGUUGAAAGACUUUGCCCAAAGUGUGGUAGAUUAUAUGGAGAAUAAAAUACCUGGGAAACUGCCAAAAAAUACACAGGAAGUAUUCAAAAAAUUAGAAGAAAAUGCGUCAGAAUUUUGCCCUGCGAAAGGACGUCGUUUGAGGCAGAUUGAUCAAGCAAUCAAGGCAUUUUCCAUGGAUGUUAACAAAUUGGGCGAAGAUGGGAAUCGACUCCAAAGUGUUUUGUUCAACUUGCUUGUUAAUGUCUUCCCCCGACUAGAGAUAUCUCCCUUGCGUGACAGUCGAGUGCGUCAUCUAAGAAAUGAGGUCAUGCACAAUUUUCAUAAUCAGAAAGGUACUGAAUUAAGUCAAAAAGUUCCGUGUGUUAUUCACGAUCUGUAUAGGUACCAGUUGGCAUUAAAGAUGCACGAAGUGCUUAAAAAGCGUGGAGACAACCGGGAACUUGCAGGACUUAAAGAGGAAUUGUCGAACAUAAUGAAGACUGUGGGAGAACACUACGUUAACUUCAACUUGGGCAUCAGUACUGGGAAAGGAGACAUUCUCUACGAUUCUUGUGAUUCGUCUCGGACGAGGGAGCAAAUACCUAAAAUUGUUCAAACAUAUGUAGACUGCAUAGCACCAAUAUUUGACAGUUGUAGCCAUGAGGAAGAAGAGGAUGAUGUCGUUUCCUCACCACGCCUUGGAGGCUUACAAAAAAGAGAGAUAUUUGAAAAAUUCUUGGCUAUUCGGAAUUCUACAGAAACUUCAGAUCAUGAUCGCGUUCAGUCAUUAUGCUUUGAACUAGAAGACAAACUCCUACAGCAUGGUAUAGUGGAAGCCACUUCGGCAGUGGAAAAUGCUUUUCAUAGUUCUAAUAAGCAGGAAAAUACGACACUGGUGACAACAAUUCAGCAGGAAGUAGAGGGACUUUUCAACGUACAUUUAUCUACACGUGAGUUUAGAGACAAGUUGUCGUGUCAGGAUGUAAUUGUUUUGCUCGAAGGGUUAAUUAAUAACCCAUCUUAUUCUUUUGGCAAGCAUGCAGAGCAAAUUGAUCUGUGUUCGGAGGGAAGAAAGUUCAUUGAGGAAAAAUUGACCUUAAUAGUCAAUGAGGAAGCAGUUGAUGUAAAAUGGCAUGGAAAACGCGUAAAAGUAAAAAAAUCGACUGUUGUUCUAAGUUUACUUAAAAUUUUGAGCGAAGUGCAAAGAGCUUAUCAGGUGAAAUUUGAUUCAAUAGUAGCAGCGUUUGAAGACCCUGAGUUCGUUUCUUAUUUGGUGGAGAAGGAGAUGAGAGAACAAGCUACUCUCUCGAUCCACGAGCUGGCUAAAGAGCUACCAAAGUUAAGAUUCCUUGCCCCUUUCAUAGCUUCUCUUGUCAUCAAGCGGAAAGAUUUUUGUUCUCUUGAUGAGAGUUCACGUACAAUUCUGUUGGAAAUGCUGUUGCAUGGCUCCUCGGAUAUAACAUACGUUAAGGACUUCGUUGCUCUGAACAAAGAUGAAGUGACCCAGACUAUGUUCAACAUUGUUGCUGAAGGUGAAGGUGUGGGUGAAGAGAAAGCUAUAUUUAUUUUAGUUGAUAUUGCUUUCAAGGGCAACCUCGGUGUCGUGUUUAACAACUUGAAAGAUAAAAACAGUGAUUUAAAAUCAAGACAUAUUAUGGAGCAUAGAAUCAUGUAUCUAUUUAACAAAGCAUUGCUGGAAACAAUUAAUGCGGGAAAGUUGCAUGAUGCCGAAAAUUUAAUUAACGAGAUAGAGAAAAUUUCCCUGGACAUGGCCAACAGUACUACUACCCUAAACUUGCUGAGAGCCAAGCUUCUCAUUAUUACAGGAAGAAGUUUGUGUAAAAACGGUAAAGACACAGCCAACAAAGGUAAAGGUAAAGACUGUUAUACCAAAGCCCAAAAUAUAUUGACCGCAUUAAUAGAUUCCUUUGGUGAGAAUGUAACGAAUAAAUACUACAUGCUGGCUUUGUCGAGAUUAGCGUAUACUUGCCACCUUUUGGGAAAGUGUACCAAUAAUCCUAUAGACCAACACAAACUGAAUGAGAGUGCUUUAAAAUAUUCAGAACAGUUGUGGCGUGUUUUGUGGCAAACCAUUUCAAUGAGCAGAAAAGAUCCUCCAGAUUUCAUUACCGUCCUGAACAGAGCAGAUGAUUCACAGAAGUAUAGAAAACUCAUGAAGAGCGGAGAAUUUUGGAAAUAUUUGAACGUACCGAAAAUUCGUCAGUGUGUAGGGCUAUAUACUGGUCUUAAAGGAAAGUAUUUGGAAGACCCUAAACUCUUGGAAGAGGCUAUAGAGAUUCUACGCGAGAUUUACGAUGUUACUGCUGCGAAACGGAAAGAUGAUUUCACGUCCCGGCGUCUAGUUGGAAUCUUAAAACACACAGCAAAUAAUUACAAGGACCUUUCUCUCGUCGUUAAUGACUUCGAAAGAAAGUCCUUUUAUCAACUGAAACGCUUCGAACUUACGUUAAUGCACUACAGUUCAGGUUUAGAAUGUUUCGGUUUCGAUCCAAACCAUACGAAAAACUGCUAUCGAAUGGCAAAGCAAUGUAAGGACGCAUGUACCCGUGGUAGAAGUCCGGCGGGGGCCAGAGGUAGAAAACGACUCUACUCCGGCCCUGACAGAGGGGAUGACCCAAAACGGAUGCGGCCCGAGACCAGAGACCCCUAUACUCGUCAUGAUGCGUUAACGAUGCCCAUGAACUACCAAGGUCAGCGAGGAGAGCAGGAACGAGGGCAGGGGCGGGAGCAAGGGCGAGGGCAGCGGCGAGUGCAGGGUAUUGAUUUUAUUUCCAUGUGUUCUGCAAGAGUUUCCGAUUAUUUCUAG